AGUUUGCAGAAGGCAACAGAAAGCACAAUAAAGUGGGAUGUUUAAUGGUAGUGCAGGCAUAGCCUUGGCUUGGAGACUAACAACAUUAAAAACGCUCCACCAUCGACAACAAGGACAUCACUAAAAACAACAUGCGUCAUUGAUCAGGAAGCGGUUGUUUUUGUGCUUCUGACAACCUUUUUCAUAUGUGCAAAUCAGUCUACCAUAUAGAGUGGACCACAACUCUUAAAAACAGAGAACAACAGGUUAUUUUUUCACCCCCAAUGUCAGAGUCCAGUCACUGCGAGCAGUAGCCUACAUUGGUGUGUGGACCAGAGGAGGUUCAAACUCUGGGACAAAAUGUCACUUGAUGUGUUGUGGGAAGCGGAUUUUCUUUCUCACAUAUUUGACAGAUAUGAUUUGGGGUUACGGUGUUGUCGGUUCUCAAGGGGUUUUGUGAAUAAAUUGAACCAACAUAUUUUCUACUGAGUGCCAGUUAGCUUACACACACACAGUCGCAGACGAGUGUCAUCUUGGCAGCACUUUGUGAUGGACUCGAUAGCUAAAGGGUACAAAACACCAGUUCACUCAGAAACACACUUCCCUGCAACUGAGCAUUGUGACAGCUUAAAGUGUACUAAUACUCAGGAAAAAGAGAACUGGGGACACUGCUCAUAAAACAAAGAAUGUACGCCAACAGACAAACAGCACUGACCUACUAAUCGAAUCAGGGACGUUGCAGUUUUGUGCUAUGUGCUUUAACCAUUCUGCUAUCAGGACGCCUACAUUCAUGAUCAUUUCUAACUAGUUUCACAAAGCUUUAUCUUCUGACAGAUGAGCAUUUGAGCAUUUCUAUAAACCUAUGGCACUAAAGUAGUUGACAACCAUGCUUUCAUUUGAAAUUCAAUAAUUUACUCAAAUUAAAGGGGCAGUGCACUAUGAGCGUUGCAAUUUUCUUCAUUUGAGGGACUCAGGAGAGACCGAUCAAAAUAAAAAAGACUGCUCAAACUGGGCAGAGAUAUCCUGGGUCAAGCUCCCGCACAAGCAAAUGGAUCCUACAGCUCCCAUAAUGCAACACAUUUUUCUUUUCACUUAAACCCAAUCUGAUAUACAGUGAACUGAUGACAUCAUCAGGUUUAUUUUUUUUCACAGACCCCAGCUCCCACAGUACACAACAGUUUUCACAAAUGGAUUAGUAGUCCUCGUGACAAGAAAAAAACUGCUCUUCAUGAGUAAACUGUGUGAGCUGACCCUGUAAAUCCUCAAUCAAAGCUUAUUCUGGUCAUUUGAGGUAGAGGGAUCACAAUAUCAAAUCUAAUUCCUCUGUUCAAACAUGGCACAUUCUCCAAGAGACAUCCCUCUGCCUCCCUCUGGUGGCAGCGUCACCCGAGAGCGACCAAUAAAAAACUGAACCUCUGUCGUCCAACUUGAAAGAAACACACCGGGAAAAGCCCUGACCGGUGAGACCGAGGCACAUAUUGUGAAGGAGACGGCGCACCUGAGCUGGAUGAACUGAAACCAGGGGCACUGCACUACCCUCAUCAUCCCUUCAUCCACCUCCGACGCAACCCAAAGUAAGAUCACUCUCACAGAAGGACGCGCCCCCCCCCCCUCUCAUUACACCCUUUGAGAGAGAGAGAGAGAGAGAGAGAGAGAGAGAUAUAUGCAGGUACUAACUGAAGGUGGGGAGGGGAGCGCAGUCGCUGCUGGUCGUUGGGACGCCAAAAGGACAAGAGGGGGUGUGCUGUUGUGCUGAUGGCUUUCUUUCUAACUCGCUUCUUAUUCCGAACGGAGACGCAGGUGUAGCCUCUUGAUCCGCUCCCCCAGCCCGCUGCCACCUACCCCAGACGUCCAUGAGCCAAUACACCUCUACCUUCCAGUCACCAGAGGAGGAUUUUUACGCGCCGCGGGGUAUGAAGAACAUCAUCAUGUCAAAUGAGAUGUGGCGCUUCUCUUUCGUGCGCCGCCUGUAACCGCCGCUGUGAACGCGAUGCUGGGUCCGCACCCAGCGCAGAUGACCUGAACCGGGCGGCCUAGGCAGUUUGUAACUACAUCACCUGUUCCAUAAAGAGAAGACUUAUUGAUAACCAUGACGGACCAGUACCGUAUGUUUCUCACCACGGCGGCCCCCCUCCGGCGUGGAAGCACACCCCUGCCUCUCAAGCACCAGCUGCGGAGGGAAGAGGCCGUAUCUGAGGACUGUGAUUGGAUCCCGGGCAUUGAGGAGCCUAUCGGUGACACGGGGGUGACUCGGGAUGAUUCUGUCGGCCAAUUGGCAGCCGCCCAGUUGGCUUACCACAGCCACGGCGGGGCAUUGAAGAUAGUGCUACUGGGACAGAACGGCGUGGGCAAGUCGUCGCUAGCCUUGUCUCUGGCCGGGCAAUCGGACAGAUCCCUCUCUAUAGACUCUGAGACAUGUGGUGAGGGCUUCGAGUGCUCAGUGACAGUCGACGACGAGGACAGCAAAGUCAUCAUUUUUGACAACUGGAAACAGGACUUCUCCACUCUACAGUGUGAUGUGUGUAUCCUGGUCUUCUCAGUGACUGACAGGCGAAGUUUCCACCGCACUGCCCAGCUCCGCCUCCUUCUCAGGGAGUCCCAGCCACACACACCAAUCAUCCUGGUGGGGAACAAGAGCGACCUCGUCCGCUCCCGUGAAAUCAGCUCAGAAGAAGCCCAAUCCAGCAGCAUGAUGUUUGACUGCGUCUACAUGGAGCUCUCAGCCUCCCUGGACCAUGGCACCAACGAGCUGUUGGAGGCCGCAGUUCGGACUGCAAGGGGCGACUGCGUGGGCCCCGGCUGGACCGACGGCGACCCCGGGGCAGGCCGCAGGGAGAGCCUGACCAGCCGGGCCAAGCGCUUCCUGUCGGGGCUGGUACCGCGCUCGUACGGUCGAGACCGGGAUCGGGAUCGGGGCCGCUACAGGGAGAUGAGCCGCCACCGGGGCAGCAAGAUCCUUCGCCAGAAGUCCCGCUCCUGCCAUGACCUCAGCGCACUGUGAUACACACAUACACACACACAUGCAAAGAGACACACUCGCACACAUACACACCAGAUUGACGGAUAUGGGGGAGGUGUAAAGGAUGGAGAGGGAGAAGAGGGUAAAAUGGAAGAUAGUAGUGAUUUGCAGAUGACUAGAUGUAGCGACAAAGGAGGAGAUGGAAGAGACUCACAUGAGUGGUAAAAUUAGAGGGGUGGAAGGACGGGAAUUUAGCAGUGGCGGGUAAAAGUCGAGGAAGGAGAAGAGAGAGAGAAAGUGGGAGGAAAAGUUGGAUAGAUAGAGCUGAAAUCAGCCAGGAUCGCAGCACCGAACUUCUGUGUUCCCCCCUAUCAGUGAAACCAAUUUUGCGAGAGAAAGAGGCCAGGUUGGAGAGAGAAACAGAUAAGGAGGUGAGCUUGAUUUGCUGCUUCCAGCUUGGGUGAAUCAGCAAGCGCUCAUCACCUGAUGAGAGAGCAGGAGAGACAAAAUUAGUGACAGUGGAGAGAGUCACAUCAAGAUGCUGAUUGAAUGCUUACUGUGGCGAAACGGGACGGGGGAGGGGGGGCGUGGGGGGUCACAAAAGAACACACAUCCAAGUAGCACACACUGAUUAUGUAGAGACUGAUAGCAAUCUGAUAGCAAUCUGUGUACCUGUUGUGAACCCUGUUUUAUAGCAUGCCGAGUAGACGAUCUAAGACGUGACCCUGUAGGUUUACAGUUACAUGAUACUGGGUUGACUGUACCUCAGUGGCCAAUAGCUAAUGCACAAUCCAGCUAGUGUCUCUAGCAAUGCCAUCUCAAAGGCAAGACCCUUUAUUUAUGAAAAAAAACGAAACAAAAACGAAAUGCACCUCUGCGCAUUUUUUUUUUUUUUUGGACCACAAUCUUCACACUGCAUCCACCGAUUGUGUCCCGUACUGAUUUUGAAGUGUUUGAUGAUACCACCAAUGGCAUAUGUUCAUGUGUGAUUUUUUUUGUUUUUUAUACGAGGUUAAACACAUCAGCGCCCAAGCCAUAUUUCCGCUGAAUGCACCGUGAGCGAUCAGCACAAAGAACCCUUUACCGAAGUAUGUGGAGCGAAAAAAAAGGUCAAAGUGGCUCUGAGGAAUUGACCGGACUGAACUUUUCUUCAAUAGAAGCUGAGUCACAGAACACCUGGAGGUUCUUGAGGCACAGGAGGACAAACAAGAGAAAACCUAAUCUACCUGUGGCUGUUUGAUGUUUUCUUUCAUCUCUCUCUUUUUACCCACGGGCAUUAUUACGUGUUGAGACGGAAUUCUGUGGAGGCUGGCCACACAAGUGACCCAAAAAGAGAACGUUCUGGAAACGUUGUUUGGAUAUCUCGUCAAGCUUGAGGCAGCGUCACCGAUACAUGCUCACUCAUUUGUCACAGUCUACUAAGCACUCUCGUCUUUCCACUGAGAAUAAAUAUGUUUUUGUUUGACAUCCUGAA